GCAAAGGAAGCCAGAAGAAGGUUAAGGAGUCGGUUUAUGCCCCGGGUUUUCUGGUGACGCGCCGGAGAGUGACGUCAUCCCAACAUGCAGAACGGCUCCGACGUCAGCACUUUUACCUCCGAGGAGUACCCGGGGAAAUUACUCGGCAGGAUCUGCCAGCUUCGGUCGCGGAAUGAACUGUGCGAUGUCACCUUGGAGGCGGACGGAGUCCGGUUUCCGGCCCACAGGAUAAUACUGGCGUCGGCGAGCACCUACUGCAAGCUGCUGUUUGCCGACUCCGACUUGGGCGACACCGUCAGACUUAAGGACGUGACCCCGAGGGGUCUGAGAAAUAUUCUGGAAUUUAUUUACUCCAGCAAACUGUCUCUGUCUCUGUCCAACGUUGAAGACACCAUCAAGGCGGCGGAGGUCCUGCUGGUUCGGGAGGCAAUAAAGCUGUGCUUUCAGUUCCUAGAAGAUGGCUUGAACCAGGACAACUGUGUGGACGUCUUAAAUGUCGUCGAGAAACACGGCCCCGAAGAGCUCAGGCAAAAAGCCAUGGAGUAUGUCGGCCAACGUCGUCAACGCGCUCCGGAAGACUUCGAUGGAGUUGAUAAGACGACGCUAUGUGAGAUCCUGGAUAGGAAGAACAUCCCGGGUUACUCCGAGUUGGAUUUAUUUAACUGUGCGGUGUCUUGGUUGCAACGCGAUGAUUCCAGGCUGAAGGAAGCCGGGGAUGUCUUAAAGAGAAUAAGGUUUUCGCUGAUUCCGCUGGAAGAUCUCCAGAAGCACGUGAAGGAGACGCCGAUCAUGAAAACCCACUCCGGCUGCUUCAGGUACCUUCAGGACGCCUUGAGGUAUCACUCCCAAAUCUACUCUCAGCCUGCGCUCGGCUCCGAGAGCUCCUCCAUCAGGUCGAGCUCCGAGAAGCUCCUGGUCCUUGGAGGAAGGACGGCGGACAACCAGGUCUGUGGGAACAUUUGGGUCGAAAGCCAAGAUGGCGGCACGUGGACGGACGUCGGAGAACUACGUACACCGGUCUACAAUCACUGCGUGGCGGUCGUCAAUGACUUCUUAUUUGUGAUCGGAGGGCAAAGCAGAUUUGACCCGUCAGGAAAGCAUCCAUCGAACGAGGUGUUUCGUUUUGAUCCGAGGAACGGCAGCUGGCUGCAAGUCGCCGGCAUGUUGGAAAGAAGGACGCGUUUCCACACCGAGGUGGUCGCCGACCGCAUAAUCGCUGUCGGAGGGGGGACGCUGUUGGGGAAUCUCACUCACACGGCGGAGGAGUACCAGCCGGCGAAAAAUAAAUGGGAAUUCACGGCGCCCUUCCCGAUGCCGGUGGCAGACCACGCCGGCGCGACGCACAAGGGCAUCUUGUAUAUCUCGGGAGGGUAUUCGGCAGGGAAGACUUCGAGCGACGUGUACAGCUACCUGCCGCGGCUCAGGCGCUGGGUGGUGAAUCGCGCCAUGGCGUUCGCUCGCUGUGACCACGGCAUGGCCGCCAUCGGGGACACCAUUUUCUGCAUCGGUGGCCGCACGCUUAACGCGGCUAACGAAUGGAUCCACGUGAAUGAGACGGAGUUCUACAGCCCCGUUACUGACCAGUGGGGCACUUUAAAGACCUCGUCCUUCGACUGCUGCCAGUUCAGCGUGGUCGCCCACCGCUCCAAGUUAUAUCUCACCGGCGGGGGGUCCUUACGCUGCAUGAACAAAGAAGACAGCGUGUUUAUCUACGACCCCGAAGCCGAGACGUGGAGGAAGGCUGGCUGUCUGCCCCGUCCACUGGUAGACCAUGCCUCCUGCACCAUCAAACUGCCCCACCACAUGGUGAAAAAGCUGGCGGAGAAAGAAGACGACAACCCAGCCGGUCCCAACCGGAAGAAAUCAACACUCAAGUUAUUUAUUACAAGCAAACCUGGAAGAGACUAA